CAUUUAAUAAUGGCGAGGUGCGUGCUGUUUCAAAGUUUCAGAUCAGGGGCAAGCAUGGCAAGUUCCCUCGGAGCCUCCAGUUAAACCUUCCCUAUCCGAAUUUUUCCAAGCUCCAACUCCCUCCUUUCUUCUACAAGCAACAACUCCAGCACACCAGCAUCCAUCCAUCCAUCCAUCCAUCCAUCCAAAGGGGGGAGAAAAGGGGUGUAAGAGGAGGAGGAAGAGGGCGAGGAGCUGCCUCUGAAAGCAAGCCAUCAUUAGGCCGCCAAAUGCGGGAAUGCGUAUUGGCUAACAGGACAACAAGUCGAGGACAAAGGAGCAGGAGCUGCGUCGGCGUCGGCCGGGGGACGGACGACGAGAGAGGAGUGGAGCCGGCCUGCUAGCUAGCUUGCCGCGGACGCCAUGUCGUAUGAUCAGAUGCUCUCGCCGCUCCUCGGAGGCGCCGGCCGGUCGGCGUGGACGCCGCGGCUGCAGCAGCUGGGCGGCGACGCGGUGACGAGGCAGAUACUCAAGUGCACGCGGUGGCAGCUGGAGGAGACCACGGACUUCGUCACCUGCCCCUACCACUACUACUGCGACAGCUCCUACCCCGGCGACUACCACUCCGCCGUCGGCGCGCUCGUCGCCGCCUUCGCCGCCUACUGCUUCGUCGCCGCGCUGGCCUUCGCCGUGCUCGACCUCGUUCGCAGCGGCGCGGCCGGCGUGAGGGGCGUCAAGAGGAAGUACCUGGUCCCCUCGGGCCCGUUCCUGCUCCCGCUGGUGCUGCUGGCGCUGGCCAAGGGGCAGCGCGUCAACGCCGUGUUCCCGCUCGCGCAGCUCGGCCCGGCAUUGCUGCUGCUGCUGCAGGCGUCGGCGCUGGCGUUCCGGAACGAGGCCGACGGCGACAUCCGGUACGCGGUGCUGGAGGCCUCCACGGUGUCCGGCGUGCUGCACGCCAGCCUCUACCUGGACGCCGUGGUGCUGCCCUACUACACGGGGCUGGAGGCGCUCCGGUGGUCGCGCUUCUCCGGGGAGUGCGCGUCGUGCCUCUGCCGCAUGGAGCCGCUGGUGGUGGGCGGCACGGCGAUGCGGUACCGGGGCCUGUCCAAGACGGCGCUGGCCAUCAUCUUCGCGCUGUGCUCCAGGAUGGUGUGCCGGAUUUACGGCGAGGAGCGGCUGAGCGCGUGGACGCGGUCGGCGCUGGAGGGCGUCGGGUGGGUGUUCGUGGCGGCCGACGCGGUGUACCUCGUCGGCUGGGUGGCGGCCGAGGGCGGCGCCGUCGGGGUGGCGGCCUACAGCCUGGUGGCCGGCCUCGUCUUCCUCUGCGUCUUCGGCAAGGUGUACAGAUUCUUGGCGUGGGUGGAGUCGCGGCAGUCGCAGUGGAAAUCGAGCCUCUGCCACACCGUCGUCUGAUCACCGUAAAAUCUUCUUCCGUCCGUCUGUAGAGAAAAAAAAGAAGAAAUUAAGAGAAAGAAACUCCUCCUCCUCCAUUUCUUAGUUCACCCUUUGUUUGUUAAUUUUGAUGUACAAAUUUACAGUGCAUGACACAUUGGGCAGGCAAAAGAAUUCUGCAAAAUUUCCCCCUGAAGCCAUUCCUCUGUUUUUCUGUCGAUGAAUCUUCAGAAAUCUGCCCAACAUUUUCCA